CAAUGACUAUCUUAUUGAUAAGCACUGUGGGAAGAGGACCUGUCAACUGACGCUACAAUUUGAACAUUUGGAUGGUGAAGUCCACCUCAUCAAAAGAUAGUCAGGUAUAAUGGCCAACAGCAAGUUUUCCAGCUUUGUUUUCACCGUAAUAGAUCUGGCAGGAAUAAAUCAUGAAACAAAAAGAAAGAGAAUUGAAUGUACAAAACAAAUGGAAGAAGCGCUUAAAAAUACUAGUAAAAGAAAUAUGGACCAAUCUUUUGAAACAAUCCUCACUGGAAGUAAAUCAGAGGGUGUCUUACCAAUGUGGUGUGGUAGUGACCUGGACAGGAUGCAAGUGUUUAACAAUACAAUAUGUGUUGAUGAAGCCAAUUUGGGAACAAAAUGCAAUUUUGACAUUUUAGUAGCUGAAUAUGAAAAUACACCACCUGGGUAUAUUAGAGUUAGACAUAAAUAUAGAAGUAAUGACAUAACUAAGGAGUCAAUGUUAUUGCAAAAAUCAUACUGGUAUGGAUCAACGGGUGGAGCACCUUUCAUAUCUAGUAAAUUAAUUACAGAAAACUAUUUAAAUUUUGCAGAAUUAUAUCAGCCACCAGACGCAGCUGGAAUAACUAUAAAAAACUCAUCAGUAAGAAACAAUGGCCCUUCCGUAACAAAUCAGACAACAGUUCAUGCAUAUUCUUGUGAGUAUACACAAGAAUUUGACAAUGUCCUUGCUAUAUACUUUUACAACUCAAGCAUUUUAAAUGAUUGGUCUACAAGAGCUAGAUAUAACGACUGGCCUUCAGAAGAACUUAUACAUGAGGUUUCCACUACAGAAGGAUACAUAAUCCCUGUAGGUGAAAAAAAAAGUGCAACCGAACAUCUUGAAUGGAGGAUAUCCCAUGUUACUGCAGAGAAAAAAUUACUGAUGGCAUUUAAUAGCACUCAAGACAAACUAUAUAUAAUUCUAAAAUUAUUCUCAAAAUUAGUGUUUUCUUCGGUCAGCAAAUCAUUUUCGUCAUAUAUGGUAAAAAACGUUGUUCUUUGGAUGGCAGAAAUUUACCCAAGCCAUUAUUUUACACCUGACCUUUUCAUUGCUCAACUUUUACAAAGCUUUAAUUUCAUAAAGCAGUGCUUAAUUAAUAAUCACUUACCAAGUUACAUGUUGCCAAAAAAAAAUUUAAUAGCUGGAAGGUUAUUUGGCCAUGAAAAACGUGAUCUGAUAAUACUUCUUUCAUCCUUAAUUGACGAAGGUGCAUUUGUGAUUUACAGAAUUCCAAAAUUGGCAGCAUGCAUAACCUAUGCAUCAAUGCAGCCCAACCUAUUUGCUCAAUAUGGUAUCUGGCGACACUGUGUAGAAAUACAAUACUUGUCACUUCAUAGAAAUUUUUUAUUGAAUAUAGAAAAAGACGAGGACUUUAGUAUUUCAGUUUAUUCAAAUCCGUUUGCCGCUUCUGCUGCUCGGUUAGUGAACAAUCCACAGGUAUUUAUUGAUUAUUUGAUGCUUUUUAAUCUUAUCAUUCCUGAUUGUUUAGAAUUACAUCCUAAUGUCAAUAUAGACCAAGCGUUUCAUCUGUUUCACAAAAGAUUAUAUUGUGCACACAAAUGUUGUUUUCUGUAAUAGGGAACAAUCUAAAUAGGGAACAAUUUGGAUAGGGAACAAUUUAAAUUGGCAACAAUUUGAAUAGGGAACAAUUUGGAUAGGCAACAAUAUGAAUAGGGAACAAUUUGGAUUAUUUCAGUGUCAAGUUGAAAUAAGAGCAACACAUACCUACAUGAGAGAAAAAAAAUAUUGUUAGAUUGUGUUGAAGAGUGAAACAAUUAAUUGAACUGGUAUACAUGUAUAUGGUGAAAUAAAUUUAUCUUGUUGUAGUGAAAUUAUUUUUUUAUGACAUGAUCAAUUGAUUUGAUUUUUACAAUGUAAAUUAAAUGUUUUUACAAUAUACUUAAAUACAGUGUAA